ACUGGCUUUUACGGAAGUAUGCGGAAGUGUACGAUAUGUCCAAGCAGCAAGUCAGGCUAGCGUCUCUGCUUCUGGAGGAAGCAUUCGGGGACCAAGUGGAGGCAGUAGGAACCUACCUCCUGAAAAAUGGAGGAUCAAACUUGGGGGAAAUAAGCAAAGGCACCGGGUUGCAAAUCAACAAGGUCAAGAAGUGCCUGGUGGUACUGAUCCAGCAUCAACUGGCCCUCUUUGAGCCUCACAGCUCUGGAAAGUAUGUUCUCUACAGUGUCAGUGUAGAGAGCGUCCAGCUGCGUGGAAGAUUCCCGAGGUACAUCCUGGCGUCCCGGGAACUGUACGGACAGAUCGGAGAACUGAUAUGUGAAUACAUUCUUCAUCAGGGACGUACUCUCAUGAGCCAAUGCAUCAAUAGAGUGGCAGAGAGAUUGGAGGUAACGCUAGGGGCUGCCCCGGCCGAAGUGUCCAAAGUCGUCAAGACAAAGUUUGUGGGGAUGGUCGAGGGCCAGUACCUCACUCGUGUGAAGCCACCUUCGACCGAGUCAGCUCUGGGACAAGUGAACAGUGGGGAUAGCGCGAGAACGCCGAUAUUCGGAAAAUUUGAACUACCAUCAUCGCUAACUGCCAUUAAGUAUACGGGUAAUAAACGGAAAAGAGAUGAGGAAGACCCCGGUAAUCAGCCUUCGUCUAAACGAGCUAAGAAGAACACUGGAGAAGGAGAAGAAAAGCCAGUGGAUGAUGGGGUGUUUUGGAGUGUCAACUUUGACAAUUUCCAUCAGCACUUUCAAGACAAAGCCAUAGUUUCUGCAGUGAGAGAGAGAGUGGAUGAGACUGCCGCGUGUGUGAUGAGGUCCCUCCUGCGAAUGGCCAUUAACCUCUCUCAGGACAAGUCCCUGCAGACAAAAUCCAGCCCCACUUUGUACAAAGGUAGGAUGGCAGAAUAUCUACCAGACAAGCCCAAACUGUCAGAGAUGGACCUGGAACACUAUCUAAAGGCUCUUACUGAUGACCAGGUAUAUAUAUAUAUCCAUACGUAACUAUCUUGUGCAAGAAUACCUUGACUAUUUCGUAUAUUGUAGGCUCAUUUUCUCUCUAAAGAGGAUGAUAGUGGUGGAGGAGGCUACGCAGUUGGCAAGUUGUAGAUCAUCAGUAUUAUAAUGCAUUGUACUUCUGUUUUGCAAAUUUGUCCUCCAGAGAAUUUUCCUUUACAGAUUGGCAACUAGAAAUUAAUUAUAUAUAGCUCUCUUUUGACAACAAGAUUUAGGAGCCAGUGCAGCUGCAUAUGCUAUAUAGUAUCUCCUCCUGUUAUUUUCUCCACACAGACUACCAGCAGUGUGCCCAGGGACUGUGCCAGGCGACAGUGGAGGGGAUAGUGAGAGAGAGGUUUAGCUCCAAGUGUCUUCGAGUGUUCAGACUCCUCCUCGUGAAGAGGGUUCUGGAGCAGAAGCAGGUGGUGGACAUGGCCAUGAUCCCCAGCAAGGAGGCCCGGGAGCUCCUCUACUCACUCCUGGCCGAGAACUUCAUCUCUCUACAGGAGAUACCUCGUACUAUGGACUAUGCACCUUCCAGAACGUUCUAUUUGUUCUCCGUCAACCUCCCCAGUGUAGCUCGACUGCUUCUGGAGAGAACUUACCAGGCACUAGGAAACAUAGUUUCUCGCAGAAUGUUUGAAAUGAAGACACACAAGUAAGUUACUGAUCCCUUUUUUUAGCUUUUCAUAUACUGUGCAAGACAACUGAUGGAGGGAGAACUGUAUGUUGAAUAUCUUAGUUUUUUGAGUCACAGUUUUAUACUGCAGGCGAUUGCUGGAGAAGUAUGCACAGUACCAGGAGCAGAUGGCCCAGUUGAAGGGAAGAGGAGAGGUGGAGGAGGAGGAAAUUGAGGAAAUACUCACACCAGAUGAGAAGACAACUGCUGAGCAAGUCAAGAAAACGAUACAGAAGCUUGAAGCAGGUGAACUGCAGCUAGAUGAAACUAUCAUGUCCCUCUCGAACUAUAUCCGUAUGGCAUAGGUUUUGCUCA